CGCCCUGAAUCCGCAUCCCUCAUGACAACAGCAUCAGCAUCAGCAGCAUCAUCACUGCAGGAGAAGCUUUACAGCGCCAAAUAACCGCCGCAUCAACGACGAGACGUUUAAUAAGUGUAAACGAUCAUCUUUUAUCCAAAGCUUUGAUCGGUGCUCAAGUUUAGACAUUUGACGCCGCGUUUACUUCGACGAUCCGCCGCCGCCAUUUGCUCGAGUUCAGGCCGUUGCUCAGGCUUCAUCUCGCGCUCUGAUAUAUACAUCUGAUCUCGUGUUUUAUUCUCAGUUUGAUCUCGAGGUUAGUGUGACAUCAUGACGGACGCGGUGUCUGAGUGUAAUAUUAAAGUGUUGUGUCGCUUCAGGCCUUUGAAUAAGGCCGAAAUCCUGCGAGGGGACAAAUUCCUGCCCACCUUUCAAGGAGACGACACCGUCACCAUCGGGGGUAAAUCGUAUGUGUUUGAUCGUGUGUUUCCCACUAACACCACUCAGGAGCAGGUCUAUAACGCCUGUGCCAAACAGAUCGUCAAAGAUGUGCUGGGGGGGUACAAUGGCACAAUCUUUGCAUAUGGACAGACGUCCUCUGGGAAGACUCACACUAUGGAGGGUAACUUACACGACCCUCAGCAGAUGGGCAUCAUCCCUCGUAUCGCCGAGGACAUCUUCAAUCACAUCUUCUCAAUGGAUGAGAACCUGGAGUUUCACAUCAAAGUGUCCUACUUUGAGAUCUACAUGGAGAAGAUCCGUGAUCUUUUGGAUGUCACAAAGACCAACCUGUCUGUGCACGAGGACAAGAACCGUGUCCCGUAUGUGAAGGGCUGCACCGAACGCUUUGUGUCCAGUCCUGAGGAGGUGAUGGAUGUCAUAGAUGAGGGGAAGUCCAAUCGUCACGUCGCUGUCACCAAUAUGAACGAGCACAGCUCUCGCAGUCACAGCAUCUUCCUGAUCAACAUCAAACAGGAACAUGUGGAGACGGAGCAGAAACUCUGUGGAAAGCUCUAUCUGGUGGAUCUGGCCGGCAGUGAGAAGGUCAGUAAGACGGGUGCGGCUGGAGCUGUUCUGGAUGAAGCUAAAAACAUCAACAAGUCUCUGUCUUCUCUGGGAAACGUCAUCUCUGCUCUCGCUGAGGGAACCAAGAGUCACGUGCCGUACCGGGACAGUAAGAUGACCAGGAUCCUGCAGGACUCUCUGGGUGGAAACUGUCGCACAACCAUGUUCAUCUGCUGCUCCCCCUCCAGCUACAAUGAUCCUGAGACCAAAUCCACCCUCAUGUUUGGACAGCGUGCUAAAACCAUCAAGAACGCCGCCUCCAUCAACCUGGAGCUGACGGCUGAGCAGUGGAAGAGAAAGUACGAGAAAGAGAAGGAGAAGAACAAGGGUCUGAGAGACACCGUCCAGAGACUGGAGAUGGAGCUGAAGCGCUGGCGCAGCGGAGAGAAUGUUCCAGAGACGGAGCAGACCGAUGCUGGUGUGGUGAAACUGGACACCACCGAUGACGUCUCUCUGGAUAAUGAAAAGUCAACGGAUCAUCAGCGGAUGAGAGACAGAGACUCAGACUCCUCCUCCAUCGUGGUGCGCAUCUCUGAGGAAGAGCGGCAGAAAUAUGAAGAGGAGAUCCGUAAACUCUACCGGCAGCUGGACGAUAAGGAUGAUGAGAUCAAUCUUCAGUGUCAGCUGGUGGAGAAACUGAAGGAGCAGAUCUUAGAUCAGGAUGAGUUGCUGGCGUCCACGCGUGGUGACAGUGAUAAGGUCCAGACAGAGUUGGGUCGUCUGCAGACGGAGAGCGAGAGCGCUAAAGCUGAGGUGCGAGAGGUUCUGCAGGCGUUAGAAGAGCUCGCCGUCAACUACGACCAGAAGAGUCAGGAGGUGGAGGAGAAGAGUCUUCAUAACAAACAACUGGCCGAGCAGCUCAGUCAUAAGAUGGCGAGUUUGAUGGAGCUGGAGGCGGAGCUUGCUCAGAUGCAGGAAGUGAGCUCACAGCAGAGGAAGCGUAUCGCUGACGUGUUGAACGGCCUGAUGAAGGACCUCAGUGAGUUCAGCACCAUCGUCGGCAAUGGAGAAAUCAAACUACCGGUGGAGAUCAGUGGAGCCAUUGAGGAGGAGUUCACUGUGGCACGACUCUACAUCAGUAAGAUCAAGUCGGAAGUGAAGUCCAUGGUGAAGCGCUGCAGACAGCUGGAAAACAUGCAGCUAGAGUGUCAUCGCAAGAUGGAGGAGACCAGCCGUGAGCUCUCCUCCUGUCAGCUCCUCAUCUCACAGCAUGAGGCAAAGAUCCGCUCUCUCACUGAGUACAUGCAGAAUGUGGAGCAGAAGAAGAGACAGCUGGAGGACAGUUAUGAUGCUCUGAGCGAAGAACUGUACACACUGCAGAACUCCGAGAGUCAUGCAGCAGAUGAAGGAGAGAAGGCCGAAAGAGAGGCUGAUGGGAAGAAGGUGUGCGGUCGUCCUGGCGUUCACGUGGAGUCCCGUCAAACUCAGCUGAGUCUCCUGCGAGAUGAGAUCAAUGAGAAACAGCGACUCAUCGAUGAGCUUACUGAUAAGAAUCAAGCUCUGGAGCUGGAGCUAGCUCACGUGCGGUCCAGUCUGACAAACCUGAAGAGACAAGACGAGUCCAAAAGCGCCUGUCUGGAGAAGCUGUCAUUUCAGCAGGAGAGACACGCACAGUCCAAACAGGAUCUUAAAGGUCUGGAGGAGACUGUUGCCCGUGAACUCCAGACCCUCCACAACCUGCGCAAGCUGUUCGUUCAAGACCUCACGACUCGAGUUAAAAAAAGUACAGAAACUGGACCUGAUGAUAGUGGGGGGUCUAACACCCAGAAACAGAAGAUUUCCUUUCUUGAGAACAACCUGGAUCAGCUCACAAAGGUUCAUAAACAGCUGGUACGUGAUAAUGCAGAUCUGCGCUGUGAGCUUCCGAAGUUGGAGAAGCGUCUUCGUUCUACGGCUGACCGCGUUCGGGCGCUGGAGACGGCACUGAAGGAUGCUAAGCAGGGCGCCAUGAACGACCGCCGCCGUUAUCAGCAGGAGGUGGAGCGUAUACGUGAUGCCAUGCGUCUGCGUUAUCCACUGCGCCGGCCCAAUGCCGCUCAGAUCGCCAAGCCUGUAAGACCUGGACAUCACGUCACAGCCACCUCACCCACCAGCUUCACCUCCACACGCUCCACUAAACCCAUCACAUCAUACAGCAAUGCAUUCUUCCAACAGGACGAGAAACCUGCGGCACAGAAAACCAACACAGUUGGAUACAGCACUGUGAGAUCUGUAGACACACUGAACUCCUGUCCACUCGACGUGGAGAACGGUAACAGCACAGAUAUAAAUGAUAACAGGAGUGAUGUUCACUGUGGCAGUGUGUUGGAUGACGCUUCUCGAAUCUACAUCAUGCAGCAGGGCACAGCAGCCAGUUAAUCCACUAAUAUAUUCCACGUGUAAGAUGUGUGCAUGCAGCCGUUGAGCUCUCGUCACCCUCUCUCUCAGAUUCUCUUUGUGUACCGUCUUAUAUUCCACACAAUAUUCUCAGUCAUAUCAUGAAUGCUGUCUCUUGUAUCUCACUGUUGCAUGUUUGCUUUGUUUAGUCAGAAAACAGCACAUAAGGUUGUAAAGUAACGCUCACGUAGUUCUUGGAGAACACACAUGUAUAUCGCUCGCAUUAUAACUGAAAUCAUUUCCCUGUAGUCUUGCUGAGCCUUAAAGACAGACGGUGUGUACGUGUGUGCACUAAUAUACAAAUUCAGAUGGACAUGUGUCAGCGUGUAGAUUUUGAUACAUAGAAGUAACGACUACCUCCAGUUGUGCAAAAACUUUAAUUUACAUCGCUUGUUUUUCCAUCACAGAUGUUAUCAUUAGAACGAAUCUUGCUGGAGUUGCUUUAUACAAAUGUCCCAAAAGCUUUAGUUCUUUUGUCAAAAAGCUCUGACCAAUCACAGCUCAAAUUUCUCUCAGAAAAUCCCGAUCAGCCAAUCAGGAUGAGAGAAUCGGUCUGUAUAAUCUCUGAUGCGUAAUAUUCUUCUUGUGUUGUGUUUAUUUAAAGCAAGACGAUUUCUGAGCGACGAUAGAUUUCACUUUUAUUGAGAUGCAUUCUGUGCUUUAAUCCUCCAAACCUCUGCUGUCACUGUUAGAAGAGUCUUCAGAUGAAGAGUCGUGUGCAAUAGCUCCUGACUCACACAACAUAUCUUUAUUGAAGGAUAUUUUAUGUACAGUGUGGCAGGAUCCCCAAAAUAAACUUCAUUUAAAGAAAGCUGUGAGUUCUUAUCAUUUACCAUUUCAAUUUGUGUCUGUUUUUUUCAA